GUUCCAACAGAUGGAAUCGUUCAAUCGAGAGUGGCUUCUGAAAGUGAUUCUGGGCGCCGUUUUCUUGCUAAUAUUGCUCAAUUUGAUCAACUCGCGGUGGAACUCGCCAUCGACGGAACUUAUUCUUAGUGUCAACGAUAUUCCCAAAGUCGUUCACCUAGAUGUCCAUCAACAUGUCAUGGUUAACUCAGCAAACGUGGCCAAUCGGACUGAGGACGAAAAUAAUGUGAAAGUGAAGUCGAUCCUUCAAAACUGUCCUCCGGUUCCUCCUGGUCUAGGUGGUCGUUACAAGCUAAACAUGACGUACGAAUCUUUAUUCGUGUUAGAAAAAAGACGUUCUAACUGCUUGCAACCAGGAGGUCAAUACACUCCCCGCGAAUGCUUAGCACGGGAUCGGGUUGCCAUAAUCGUUCCUUACCGGAACCGGAUCCAACAUCUGCCAAUUUUCCUCAACAACAUGCACCCAUUCCUACAGAAACAGCAAAUCGAAUACGGAAUCUACCUAGUAGAGCAGUCAUCCGAAUCCCAAUUCAACCGAGCAAUGUUGAUGAACAUUGGUUUCGUGGAAGCUUUGAGGGAGAAAAACUGGGACUGCAUGGUGUUUCACGAUGUGGAUCUACUUCCAAUGGAUGAUCGGAAUCUUUAUACCUGUCCAGAUCAACCGCGGCACAUGUCAGUUGCUGUGGACGUUUUUGGUUACCGCUUGCCCUAUGAUACUAUCUUUGGUGGAGUUUCGGCAAUGACCACCAAGCAGUUCCGGGCGAUCAACGGAUUCUCCAACUCUUUCUGGGGUUGGGGAGCUGAAGACGAUGAUUUGUAUAACAGGCUCCAACAUGCCGGGUUUCGAAUUAUUCGAUAUUCACCGAAUAUUGCUCGUUAUACCAUGCUGUACCACCGAAAAGAGAAGAGAGAUCCUCGAAGGUUACAAAUACUCAAGGAUGGCGGAAAACGAUUCCACACUGAUGGUUUGAACUCGCUGCACUAUCAACUACUCAAUCAUACCAAGAUGACACUGUUCACCUGGAUUCAUGUAAAAAUAAUUCCUAAUGCAAGUUUAGCACACAUCGGAACGAAUAAAACAAUCCUCACUUCAGGCCUUUCCUAGUAUC